AUGAAUUCGCCGAGAGAAGUUUCUCUUAGCAGCCGGUUCGGUGCACUAUCCAUCAAGGACGACACCAGCACAACCUCCACACAAGAUGAAGAUCAAGUGGUUUUCAGUCGGGCGAACAGCGUCAGUUCCCUGUCGACGUCAAUGAGCACCGCGCAAGUCACUAUGCGUGCAUCACAGAAGCCUUUCAUGAGAGCGCCAGAACUGUCGCCGAAGAAGAGGCAGGCCAGUCACAUGACCGAUCCUGCCACGCCUUCGCCAGACUCUAAGCGAGCAAGAGCCGUGAUGGAAAGACUCGGAGAAACAAUCAUGACGAUCAAGGAGUCCAGAUCGCCGGCUAGAUCCCCUUCUCCCAGUAGACAGUACUUCUUAACAAAAGAUUCUAACUUGACUCAAUUUGUAGGCUGGGAUGUUGAGGAUAGGGUGGCGGGCAUCGAGUCGCAGUUCAAGCAGGUCAAGGAGACGAUGGAUGUCAUGCUAUCUGACAAAGAGUUGAUGGACGAGAGAGUGGAGAUGUAUAAGAAGAGAAGCACAGUAUCGGAGCUCGAAACGGAACGAGAAAAGCUCGAGGACCGCAACGGCAACCUGCAAAAUGAGAUCGACAGCAUGCGCGAUCAGAUGCAGAAGCUGACGAUCGAAUCGGAAACGGCAAAGCGGAACCAAAAGUAUGAGCUCGAAGACGAGGCCCGAAAGCACCGUCAUGAGCUCGAUGAGCUGCGACGCGAGCUCAAAGACGAGACGCAGAGAACGGAAAAGAGCCACCGGGAGGCUUUGGAUGCUCUCGAGCGCCACUUCAAGGCCGAGCUCGACGAGGAGCGCAACCAAAAGUCAAAGGAAAUCCAGGAUCUCCGCAUGAGGCUCGGGCACGAGCAGCAAGACCUCCACGCCACCUUGGAGAAGAAGGACAGAGAAGCCGCCGACCUGAGGGCAGUGGUGGAAACGCUCAAGAGUGACCUGGACCGCGAACGAACGUUGAAGAAGGGCCUUGAGGCGAGCAUCUCGGAGCUCGGCGCCUCCAACGUCACUCUAGAGGCCAAGAUCAACUCUCUCAAAUCACACGUCGAGUUCCUCGAGUCCGACAGCAAGGCGCAAUCCGACUCGUUCGCCAACAUGGAAGCGAGACUCCAGGAAGCACUCAAGGCGGCGGAGGUGGCCAGGGAGAAGCUCAUCAAGGAAGAGAUGGAACGCCGCGUUCUCUUUAACAAGUACCAAGAGCUCAAGGGUAACAUCCGCGUCAUGUGCAGAGUACGCCCUGUGCUGAGCGCGUCGGAAGGCACGCCUGCAAAGGUGACGUUCCCCGACGAAAAGACGUCGGCCGAGAUUGCGCUGCAGACGCAGGAGGUCAACAGCUUUGGCGAUGUUUCGACGAAGAACAUCAACUUCGAGUUCGACCGUGUCUUUGACCCAACCGCGCAAAACCAAGACGUGUUUGAUGAGAUCUCCCAGCUCGUACAGAGCGCCCUCGACGGAUAUAACGUGUGCAUCUUUUGCUACGGCCAGACAGGAUCUGGUAAGACGCACACCAUGUCUUCAGCGGACGGCAUGAUCCCUCGCGCAACGCACAUGAUCUAUGACACGGUCACGAAGCUCAAGGAGAAGCAAUGGACGUACAAGAUGGAGGGCUCUUUCAUCGAAGUGUACAACGAGGAGCUCAAUGACCUGUUGACGCCCAACGGCCGCGAGUCGGACGGCGGCAAGGCGCGCAAGCUCGAGAUCCGACACGACGACGUGCGCAAGCAGACUUCGGUCCUCAACUGCAAGACGGUCUCGCUGGACUCUGCCGACACGGUGGAGUUGAUGCUUGCCGAGGCGCAGAACAACCGGUCGGUGGCAUCAACCAAGGCCAACGAGCGGUCGUCGCGGUCGCACAGCGUCUUCAUCCUGAAGCUGUCGGGGUUCAACUCUGCGACGGGAGAGCGAUGCGAGGGCACGCUGAACCUGGUGGACCUGGCUGGUUCGGAGCGUCUCAAGCACUCGCAAGCCGAGGGCGCCAGGAUGAAGGAGACACAGAACAUCAACAAGUCUCUGUCGUGCCUCGGGGAUGUGAUUGAGGCGCUCGGCAAGAAGAGCGGGCACAUCCCGUACCGCAAUUCUAAACUGACGCACUUGCUGCAGUACUCGCUCGGGGGCAACAGCAAGACGCUCAUGUUUGUGAUGGUCAGCCCGUUGGAGGCUCACCUCAAGGAGACAGUGACGAGUUUGCGUUUUGCUACCAAGGUUCAUAAUACCCAUAUCGGAACGGCCAAGGCUACGAAGAAGGCGUAG